CCCGUAUCGUACAAGUGUCGCACCGCCGCCGGGUUCGUGAGAACGUUUUUCGCCGCUCCUCGCGCGGUCCAAAAGGCGUCGUCGAAUCCGCUGCGAGACGUAAGUAUUAUCACCUGUAUGUAUUGUUUUGACGAACGCCGUCAAUAUUGCAAGCGUCCGGCAACCCCCUCUCGGAUAGUCGAACCGUAAUAAUGUGUUUUGGCCAUUCGUAUUACGCGGAAUUUCAAACCUACCCCAAAACGGCCCUCGAGGGUCGCAACAACUGCGGAGGUGGGUUUUCUCGCUCGCGUUAUCCGAUUGCAUAUCCGACUGUCUCGACAAUCGCGCGUUAUACAGUUAUACAGUUUUCGACCCAGUCACGCGUUCACAAAACAAUAGUUCUCGCCCUCGUUUGUCCCGUUCGCGUAUAUAAUAUUGUAUCAUACGUUUAGAAAAAAAAAAAAAAAAAAAUCCAUUCCGCGACGACGAGAACGUACGGCGUAAUAACGUUGUGGUGGUGGCGGUGGACAGAUGGCGAAGGUGUACCGAAUUAUCGUAUCUAUCGGUGGGGUGCGUAUUCGAAUGAAAUGUUCGCUGGAAGAUUCCGAUCCCAAUAUUAGGCUUUUGUGCUAUUGUAUUUAGGUAGGUACCACUACCUGCACACCAUCGCCUGCAGCUGCAGCGCACGAUAAAAAAUCGUAUCCACCGACCACCUGUUGUUCGCCUCCGAAAACAGGUAAUUUUCAACGUUUUCGUUUCACCCGUAAACGCAUUUUGUACCUAAAAUAAUUUCAACCGUAUACGAGUACGAGUAUCGAAUAAUAUUAAUCUAAUAGGGUCUUGGGGUAAAAUUUUCGUUAACAGUGUCGUAACUUCCGACAGGUACGUGCUAUACAGGGCGAUCAAUCUAUCGUAAUAAACACUCAUUAUCUCGGAAAGUAUUAACAAGUAUUGAACAAGCAGCUGUGCAAUUUUACAUUUAUGUUAAUUUUUUCGUCACCCUUAUUUUCGGGGUAAAACCGCUACGGACGGGGGAGAGUGGUGGAGCGUCAUUCGUGUGGCGGCAUUUCAAUAAUGUGCCGCUACUCUCUCUCGAUCCGAACUUAAAGGUGGAAUAGUUCGUCAACGGAUUGACGAAAAUCAAAAAUAUUAACACCAACAGUUGUUUAAACUAAAUACUCCAUCUAUUCGUGGGAUUUCUAAUACAGUUUUCCAUUUGAAAACCUAAAGUACCUGACAAUGAAAAUGUUCUGAAUCGCUGUUUUGAAAUUGUUCAAGAGAACCAUUUUCAAAUUUAAAAAUUUACAUUCUGACACCGAAUGCUAUUAUUUAAUUUACAAUCUAAUAAGGUGACAGAUAAAGUUGUGCUUUUUGAUUUAAAUAGAUUUUGAUGAACACAGAUCAAACCAUUAAUUUCGUACUGGUAAAUGAAAUAAAAGUAUCAAAGAAAAUAAAUUUGUAUUUUAAAAAUGUUCUCCCGAAAGACCUUUUCAAAGUAAGCACUGAAGAGGAAAGAACCUAUACUAUUUUGAGAGGAUACUUUUUUAUAGUGAUGUUUUUUUUCGUAUUAUUGUAACUGUCAUUUUAUUAUACAAAUUUACUGUUGACAUACGUAAAACUUUUUCUAUUUUCAAUAUGGGUAAAUAUUAUUAAAUACUUUUCUUAUAGAACCUUUUCUUUUUCAAAUAAAAAUUCCCUUUAAAAAGGUUAUUUUUCGUUUAUAUGAACAAAAAAAAAUUAUUUUCUCUAUUUGGACCAUUUUAUUUUGAGUAUUUUGAUUGCAAACUUUUUGCAUAGAAACUUCGUAGUAAGCUUAAAAAAAGAUAAUUUUAUUCUAUACAACAAUCUGUAAAGAAGUGGUUUUUCGAAAAAUCAUAGGCGGAACCUUUUAACUCUCAGGUAAUGAUAAAUAAUAUUAUAUUAUAUUAUACAGAAAGUAAUAACCUCUAAUUUAGUACAUUUUGUGUGUAUACAGGUACGUUAUAAUUUCGAAAAUGUGUACACUAUUUAUUUUAAUGUUUUUUUUUUUUUUUUUUACGAUAUAGUACCGAUGUUUGUUCCAAAUGUUCAUUACAAACCAUAUAAAUAUAUAAAUUUUAAUUCCCCUCCAGUAUGCAUAGGAUUUUUAAUACAAUUGAAUUAUUGUUGUUUUCAAAUGCAAUAAAAAUAUUAUAGACGUAGACACACAUACACACUUGGGGGCCCCCUCCAAAUUCAAUGAAAAUACGUAUUCGCAAACAAUGUCCGAUUUUUUUUUUUUUUUUGUUAUCAAUAACAUCCGUUGUUUUCUACGCUAAAACUGUAGUAUCAUAAUGUUACACUAUAAUAACUGUUAAGAAAUCUGUCUUUUAAGUUGCGUAUUAAAUAAACUACAAUUAUUGUUCACAAUAUCAAUCUUAUAACACAUUCGCCAGCUCCAAUACAAGUUUUCGGUCUGGGAUAUUAUCUUAUAGAUAAAAAUGCCUUUAAGAACUGAUACUAAUAACAAAUUUAAAAAAAAUGUUUUCUAUUAUGUCUAGCAGUAGCAUUGAGGGGGUAAUUUUUAAAUUAUUUUUCCUAAUAAUGAAGAAAAAAUGUCGGAAAAACGGGUAAAUACGUAUUGGUAUUAUGCAAUAGCGAUUUUUGUUAUUUUCGAUUUAGUUGUAAAUAAGUUCUAAAUAAUUGUAGGUACCUGAAAUUGUUCACUAAAUACAUUUCUCUUUUCUAUACAUUGUACAUCAUACAUUUUUUGGGUUGUUUAUAGCUAUUUAAAUUUUUUUUUAGAUUCUCUAUAGGUCAAAUUUUGUCGACCUCUAAAAAAUGCUCGAAAAUUUUAUUCAAGGUUCAUUAGAAAUUAUUCUUAUGGCUCUAAAAAAUAUCGAAAAUUUGUUUUUGAUUUUUUUUUUUUUUAGUAACUUCUAAAUUUCAAAUUUUAAUGAAAUUCUUAAAAAUAAUGAUAUUUCACGGACUAUUUUCCGAUUUAUGGGAUGAAACUUCUUUGCUUCCUUAAUUGUGCUUAAUUUUGGAUUUUAAACGGAGCGAGGAAUGUAUUGGUUUUACAAUAAUGUUUAUUAAUUUUUUAAUUUUUUUUGUGAACGCUUUUUCGAUCAGAAAGCUUAUUCCGAUUAUCAAGUAUUAUAGUACUUUUUCUGAAAGGAAAUGUUUACUGGGAUGAACUUUAGAGAGGUCUUUUUUUUUGAAAUUCUCAUUAAUAUUCGAGACAAUGAGGAUAACCUGGUUCUUUAGUUUAAAAUAAAUCGAAAGAUUAAAAAUAAGGUUGUUAUUGGCAACUAUUGUCCGUUUUUAUUUAUUAUUUGUUAUUGUUAAGUUUUUAUUAUUUAAAUGUUUUUUAAAUAAUCAUUAUUGUCAUGGAAACACAUAUUGUUGUAAUCAUUUUACUAUAAUAUUACAUAUAUAUAUAUAUAUUGUUGACAAAGCAACACUAUCUACUGAGCUCCCCUCAGAAUCGUUUUUUCGUUAGCGAUGGUUUAUCAUUGCUUAGAGAUAUACAUUAAAUUCCCGUUUGUAUCCUACCUUUCCAACUUCCCAUCCACAACAUUGGCUGCACCCACGUGUGAAGUAUGUCCGUUCUUUUUAUAUUUGAAUAUGAAAUACAUACACGUCACUAAUAUUAAGGCAACGCUGCACAUAAUAUCGUUCUCGACAGUACUGUUUUUUUGGGUCGGGGCUUAGAUUUUAUUGUUUCAUUUCAAGCGUUUUCAACCAUACACCAAAAAAGGUAAAACGUUCUCAAUCAUAUUGUAACCUUUGUAACUUGUUUUUUUUCAAACAGGAUGUCAGAGGAGACUCCUCAGACAUUUCCCUCUGGUCUUUCUGUACUUACUAAUAAUUUAAAAAAAUAUAAAAAUACAUGGCAAAAUAUUAAAUAUUUCCCGUCUCUCACCCUGGAAUCAAUUUAAGAAACAAGUAGCUCUAAAAUAUUACAUUACUAUUAUUCGUUGUCACCCUUAUUUUUGGGGGUGAAUUGACUGUCUACUUUUAAUUUUAGAGUGGCAACCUAUGAUAAAAAUUUCAUAAAUAAACGGAGCAUUAGUUUAAAUACAUUUUGGUGUUGACAUUUUUGAUAUCAGACGAGACGUUCCAAUUUUAAGUAUGCGUAGGACGAAAGUAGCGGCGCAUCAUUUGUGUGGCGACAGAGCGUACAGCUGCACUCCCCCUACGCAUGAUUUUUUAUAUAUAUAUUGCCAUUUGAAAAUCGAAAGUAGGUAGUCGAUUCACUCCGAAAAAAUAAGGGUGAAAAAUAAUAAUAGUAAUGUAACAAUUUUUUGUUUUUAAAAUGUCAAAAAAAGAAAUUCCAAAAAGAUGUUUAUACUUUCUAAGAUAUCGCAAUGAUCGUAUCUUCACCAAACACUCUGUAUCUACAUAUAAUCUACAAGUAGUCAAUUAAAUAUGCCGAUGCGACUCUCCAUCACGUUUUUACCGCGUGCAAGCACAGGUUUUAAGUAUUCAUUUUGCGUAAAAAAUAUCUCCGAUACUAUCUCAUUCACCGAUACGUCCGUGUCGGCUGUUCGUCGCCAAUAAAUUAUCUCGUCGGCGGGUGGUGCCAAAUUUUAAACCGUCGGUGCCUUAUACCCACUAUUAGAUGUAUUUCAUGAGCUUAGUCGUGUGUUUGAAAUAAUACAGUAGAUAUUAAAAUAUCGUAGAGUAAACAUAAUAUAAUGUAUCGAACGCGUUGAUUGCAGUUUUAAAUUCGUUACAGCGAUACGUAUAUGUCAACUUAAAAUUAUAUUCUCGAUUUUUAUAUGAAAAAAAAAAAAAAAAUCCGUACACUUAAUGUAAUUAUCGGCUUUGAAAGUGUAAAAACGAAUAUAAUCCAAUUUACUUAAAAGUGUAUACAUUAUAAUACAGUGUCGUCGACCGUCGUUAUAAAACAAGACGAUAUUAGAGGAUUAUAUUGUAAGUCAUAACUCUAUGAAACAGACAUAUAUACUAACACAUAAUUUUAUAUAACACAAAAUGAGCAAUCAUUAGGAUUUUCUUUCAGAAAAACUUGAAAAUUAGUAACAAGUUUAUUAUAAUUCGUACUUUGUGGUAAAAAAAAAAAUUGGAUUUUUCUUUAGCAAUGAUUAAUCGUUGCGUACAAAUCUACAUUAUAGGUUUUUAUGAUAUAACUCCCUCUAUAUCUUAUCUUCCCAACUUAUUACCUACAACAGUUGUCCACCUAUUGUGCGAAGUAUACCAGUCUUUUUUUGUAUUUUAAUGAAUUCUUUAAACUUGUGUAUAGAUUUUAAGCUCUAACACGAAAUCUUGUGAAUUUUUUUAGCGAUUAUAAGCAACAGCCCGACACAAAAAAGAAAAACCAAUAAACAUGAGCCGGAAGCAAGAAUCAUCUAACCCGGUGAGUAGAUCCGAAAUAAUAUUGUAAAAUAAUUAAUAAUAGUUCGAGUACGACUUUCCGUUAAUCCAUGUAUCGUGUAUCGUUUAUCUGUUUAUGUGUGUUUAUAAAAUCAUAUUUCCUUAGAUUUUCUUAGAUGUCUGAUUAAAUAGGUAUCUUAAAAGUUAAAAUUUUCAAUUAAUUCGGUGACGGGGAAAAAAAAAAAAUGAUAAUUAUACUUCAACGGAAGUUUUUUUUUACGUGAAUUUAUACUAUACAAUUUGUUUGUGUAAUUUUUUUAUAUACAUUUUAUAUUAAUGUAAUAAUUUUUCGAUUUAUAAAAAUAACAAAAAUAUAAACUUAAAUUUGUUGCAUUUUACAAUACAAAAACAUUUCUUGUAUUGAAUUUUUAAGAAUACUUCGUAAUAAAGUAUAUUUGUGACAUAAAUAUUAUGCACGAUCGUCCAGAAACAUCCAACGUAUGGACGUUAAAAUUGCAAAAACUAAUUUACUUAUUUGAAUUUGUUUAUACAUUUUUAAUUUCAUACAUAAAAAUAAAGAUUUUUUCGAACUAACUCGACAAUGAUUUCUAACAGAUAAAAGUUAUUAACUUAAUGAGUGAUACAGUAACGAAACCGGACAUUAAUAUGCGGUUAGCCAUGUACGAGGCAGAAGUCGGGGACGACGGUUACCGCGAAGAUCCUACUGUGAAUCGUAAGUAUAGAGUGAUAUUUCUUUAACGUACGUGUUAUACUCUUGCAUUUCAUUGAUUUUCUAUUUGUAUGAUUCUGAGUGCAUAAAAAAAACUACUAGUUUUACUGAGAUAUGUUUUAAUUUUAUUGGAAAAGACUUUUUCUCCGGUAUAGUUAGUAAAAAUACUCCGGUGUUUCCAUACAGUAGGUGACUAGCCUACAAUCAAAAACGAGAAUUUUCAGUCUGGUAUUAUUUUAUUUGACAUAUUUUUUCCAUGGAAAAACUUUUCGGACAGAAAACUGUUACGAUUUUUUUAUAAAAUAUCUCAAAAGAUGCGAAUAUUUUGAUCGACGGUAUUUUAUUUGAACCUUUUUUAUUCGAUAUUUACAACUAGUCUCCCUCUUAUACUUUUUAUGGGUAGUAAAAAUUUUCCAAAUCAUUCGCAUCGUACCUUAAAAGAUGCCGAUUUUCGGCCUAAUGGUAUUUUUUAUUUCCCAAUAGUUGGAUACCUCAUAUUUUUUGUUAUUUAUUCUGAGUUACCUUAGGUAUGGGGAAAACCAUGAAAAUAUAGUUAUAAUAUUUUAUCUUACCAGUUAAUCGAACGCCACACAGAAUCGUUUUUCGUUUGCAUUAAUUUACCGUUUCAUACACUAUAUCUGUACACUAUUUUUAUCUAAUACAUUCUAUCUCUUACCUUCCCACUUACAAUAUAGUGACCUACCUUGUAGGUAUAGCAGUGAUCACGGCAUAUUUUGUAUUAAUAAUGUUCAUUUUCAACUAGGUAAUUAAUAUAUUUUAUUUAGUUUUAGAAGAAAAAACAUCAAUACUUUUCGGCAAAGAAGCGGCUCUAUUCUUACCGAGUGGUAUCAUGGGAAAUUUAGUUGCAAGUAAUUUUAGAUUUUUACUUUUUUUUACCUUUUAACCAAAAUAAAAAGUGACAACUAUGUGUACAGGUUAAUUUUAAUAAUUAUUAUUAUAAUUCCUUUUGAAAAAUAUUUUUAUUUUUAUUUUUUUCAAAAAUGAAAUAUAAUAAAAUGUUAACCUAUAUACUGGAAAUAGUUCAAAUUAUCUAUAGUAUUGUGUAGGUAAACAAUAAUAAUUGAUUGUUUUGGUUUCGGGAACGGAUUUCCCGAGACUCUAAAACUAUUUAAAAUUUUUACUUUUUUACAUUUUAUUUUAGAAUAGUAAAUGCUCCAUAUACAGUGGUCCAUAUACAUAAUACAUAAAAAAAAAGUGAGUAAAGUAGUAUGUAUAUUAAUAAUAUACACAAUACUAUAGGUAAUUUGAAAUACAAGAUACACAAUACAAUAAUAAUAAUAUUCAUAAAAAUAAGUAUGAUUUUAAAGUGUAAGUAAAAAUAAAACAGAUUAACACCGAUAAUUGAUUAUCAUUAUUUUCAGUUAUUAUUCUUUGUAAUACAUAUAUAUUAUGUAUCGUUACAUACUUACAUAAGUUAAGUAUUAAAAAAGACGGUGAAAUAUAAGUUACGUUGUAUUUUUAUCUAAUUGUUCAAUCCGCGAUCUUCUGAGAUAGUGGUUUGCAACAUUUCAACAAAUCACAACCCUCUAAUUUUGAAUUUUUUUUUUUUCAAGACAACAAAAUUGUUUAUUGGAACUUGAAUACAUUUUUCUAAUACUAGGUACAAUAAUAUAUACGACACUUAUGGUGAUAGGUCCAAUAAUUUAUAAUUCAAUUUUGUUAUUUAAAUAGUUAUAGGUAAUAACGGGUGCCUGUAAAAAUCUGGAAUGUAAAAGUAGGGAAUGUAUAAAUCUAUCUAAUCCAUCGACCGUAAUAAUAUCUUAUAGAUAAUUGCAUAUUUGGAUACCAAGUUAUUUCGUCUGAUACAACUAGGUACGAUAGUCUAUCGUUUUAAAUUAAACUCUUAAAAAAAACCCCCCGUUCAAUGAACAAACAAAUUUAAGUUUUAAAAUAAUAUAUUUAUUUUUUUAUGAUAUGAAUGACCAUUUUUCAUAAAUUAUUGUUUGGAAAUUCUUAAAUAUUCCUGGCGAUUCCCGCGUAUUUCCGGCAAUUCCCGCCAGGCUUCGUUUCCGGGAAUCGUUCGAUUCUAUUUUGGUAUAUAUAUUAAAAAACACACACAUUAUUGCAGUAAUGGCUCACACAAAAGAUAAGCGAGGGUGCGAAGUUAUAGUCGGAAACAGAAGUCACAUUUUACUAUGGGAACAAAGUGGAGCUUCGCAGGUUACACAUUAUUUUUUUAUAAUACCUACACAAAUAUGUGCAGAUAAACUUGCGUUUAAAACAAAAAUAAUAUUUCGAACAGAUUGCCGGAGUGCAACUGCGAGAAGUCAGAAACUUGCCGGAUGGUACACUAGACAUGGUGGAACUACGUGAAAAAUUGCGACCGUCAAAUCCGCUCGAUUUCGAAUCGUACACGUCACUGGUGUGCAUAGAAAACACGCACAACUAUCUCGGGGGUGUGGUUGUCCCGCUCGAAUGGCUCGAUCAGGUAUAACCAACAAAACUAAUUCGUAUUUUAAGUUUACGGACCUAGUCCAAAUUACAGCACCUACUAGAUCAAAGAGAAGAAAAAUAGAUAUAAUAAUUUAGUAAAACAAACAUGGAAUUCGCUUAGAAUUUUGGCUUAUAUAACACUAAAGUGAACAGUCAAAGUUAGUAGAACGAGAAAGGCGAAACAAAGGAGCUUCUCUAUGAAAGUUGGAAGGAAGAUGAAGAAUUCGGAAAUGAACAAAGGAGCGGGUGUGAAGGAACUCUAAAAUUAUUAUUAGCGGAUAGAGCAGGAUAAUGAUUUUUAUUGGAUAUUAGAAUUCGGAAAGGAAAUGUGCAUUGACCAUGUGCCUACGGUUGGCAAAGCUAAAAGUGCCUAAUAUAAGCAGCUUUAACUGGACACAUUUCACCAUAAUAAGAUUGCAUUAACUUUUUUCCAGAAGUUCUUUUUCUAAAAUGAUAUUCCCCUUGUUAAUAUCAAUAAUUUUGUUCAAUCGUAGCUGGGCAAGUUUAUCAAAAAGAAAAAUAUACCAUUGCACAUGGACGGGGCGAGAAUAUUCAACGCUGCUGUUCAUCUCGGUGUGCCCGUCAGUCGGAUUGCCGAACACUGUGAUUCCGUGACGUUUUGUCUGAGCAAAGGGCUCGGGGCACCCAUCGGCGCAAUUCUGGUCGGUGAAAAAUCAUUCAUCAAUAAGUAAGUACAUAAAAAUAAUUUAAAAACGUUGGCUAUAAAAUAAUAACGGUUCAUACUGCAAGGAUUUAAGGGAUUAUAUAUAGACAAUUGUAGCGAGAUAUUGAUAACAAAUUUAACAUGAUUAACUCAUCAAUUUCGUUCAAAAACUUUUCUAAAUCUGUUUUUCUGAAUGCUAUUUUGAAAAAUACAUAUUAUUAUUACGAGUAUCCGCCCUCUGUAUUUUUCAAAAAGUAAUUUUAUUUCAAAAUUCAUUUAGAAAACAGUUAUUUUGUUCGUUUGGUGUAAACAUGAUUUUAUGACUGAGAAAAUCGUCGGUGAGAAGUCCUCUUGUGAUUUAUAUUAUUACUAUAUUGUUAAAUUGUUACCCGGUUUGAGUACCUAUAUUCGUGGAUUGUCCCAAUACAUAAUUAUUAUUGUUAUUUUUUUUUAACACUCAAACAUCAGAGCCAGAAGGAUCCGAAAAGCUUUGGGUGGGUCCAUGCGACAAGUCGGAAUCGUGGCAGCUGCCGGUGUGUACGCUUUGGACAACUGCGUGCAAAGACUGGCCGACGAUCACAGAAACGCCAAAAAAAUCGCUCAAGGUUUACUUGCCUGCAAACCAACGGAUAAUAUUAUUCGGCCUAGAUUCGAAAAUAAUAAUUGUUAUUGAGUUUUUUUUUUGCAGCAAUCUAUCAUAUGGCCAGUCCCCACGUGACCGUCGAUCCCAGCAAGACCGAUACGAACAUUCUGAUUUUGAAACUGAACUGUUCGCGUAUCACCCCGACCAAUUUUUUCGAUAUGAUGUUGAAGGUGAUUUUCCGUUUUUUUUUUUUUUAAUCUGUUCUUCAUUUUGUUUAAUAUAUGUUUUCGUACUUUCGAAUAGACCUAAAAAUAACAUAAUUUACUACGUUUUCAAGUACAGAAUUUUUGAUAUAUGUUUGAAUUAUUUAAUUUUCUAAAAUUGUUCUAAAAAUGUUUUAUUUGUGGUUUGAACUCUUUGAAGUAUGAAUAGAUUAUUCAGAUAAAUAGGUAUCAACAAACUCACUUUGAAAACGUGUUAAAUUUGGUCGUUUUUGAUUUGGUGAAAUAAUUUUUUGUUUUAAGUUUAUUCAUUCUUGAGUACUAUUGAAAGCUCGACAACAAUUUUGCUAUAAUGUCCGUUAGGUAGUUAAAGACGGCAAAUGUUACCCAGGCAAUGUCACAACCCGUCGUCAUGUGCCUAUUUUCUUAUAUUUCUCGGUACCGUCUUUAAAGCUGAAUUGAGUUUCUAAAAUUUUGAUUUUUUUUUCAAAACCUUUUCCCCGUAAAACACGUAAUUUUAUUCGCGACUGCGACCAAAAUAAUAAAUUAUUAAACGCAGCACGCUGACUACAAAUCGAGCGCCGUCUGAAACUAACAGUAGGCAAACACACGUACGGCGAUGAUAUUAAAUUGUUCAUAAACGGUUAUUUUUCGAAACAACAAUAAUUUUAUUGUUACGUAUAUAAUAUUUACUUCAGUUUCAAACUGAGUGCGGGAAACACGUUUCGUUUUAUUUAUCACGAAUUCAAAAGAAAUAAUAAAUAACCAUCGCAAUCGUAUACGAUUCGACGUGACCUACUUGAACAAGUUUUAAAACGCAAUAUUCCUGGGAUUUUGUUCAUUAUUAAUAUGAUAAUCUUCUAAAUUUAGCGUUUAAUACUAUCUAAACGUUUUUGUCGCCAUCACAAUCCCAGUGGAUCCUGCGACUAUAAACUUCUCUCCACUAUUGUGUACUCACAUUGUAUCAAGGUUUUCGUCCACGAUCAUCCAUAUUUCCGCAGGCCGACUCCGAAUAAUCUCUUGUCUAUUGGUUUGCACUUUAGAAAUGCUCUACAUAAUUCACGCUUUUUAGCGUCAUGCGCGCCCAAAUCAUUGGAUUUCACGCCCUUGCGUGUGACUUGCGACUGAUUUUAUAACCACUUUUUCUUGUAGCUCUUUGUUAAAUUUCCUCAUCCACACUCUUUUCAUGUUAUCACUGCUGUUUGUUUAAGAUUCUGAGUGGAGCGAAGAAGUUUAUGGUUUUACAAAUAUGUUUAUUUUGUUUUUUUUUCCUGCGGAUAGCUUUUCUAUCAGAGAUCUUGCUGCGAUAUUUACGUGUAACACCUUUUCUGAAAGGAAGUUUCACUGGGGAGGUACUUUAAGAAGGUCAUUUUUUGAUUUUCCCAGGAGUGUUUUCGACAAAUGUGAAAAACCGAAAAAAAAAGGAGGAAACCGGGAAAAUCGGUACAUUAAAGAAAAUUGUACAAUACCUAUUUAAUUAUUUUACCAUAAUAUGAUAUAUAUAUAUAUUGUUAACAAAGUAUCACUAUCAACUGAACUCCGCUCAGAAUCGAUUUUUCGUUAGCCAUGGUUAAUCGUUGCUAACAGAUAUACAUUAAAUUAAUUAUAACAGUGGCUCCACCCGUCCCCAUUAUCCUAGGACGUCUUUUUGGUUUUGUUUUACAUAAUAAUAUUGUUAUUAAACGUACCUGUUGUACAGGUAACGGAUGUCGAGGACGAUAUUGAUCUUCCAAACUGCAGACAAAUCAAUUCGACGUCCGUUCGAAUAUCCUCGAUGUACGAUGGGUGCGUGAGGGUCGUGUUACACAAAGAUAUUUCUACAGAGGAUGUGGAGUUGGCUAUCGAAAAGAUAAAAUACGUGAUCAAGAAAAUCGAUUUGUCCAAUCCUAAAUGAAUUGUGUGUUUUUUUUUUUUUUUUUUUUUUUGUGGACGAGAAAGUCUACAUGUUUUAGCCAUGCUAUA